AUGGAAGCCGCUGCUUGGCGCCAGGGAGGGCGCGGGAGAGGCAGGGGCCGGGCUGCAGCCGGCGGGGUCUCUUUGGGCAACGGACCCGGCGGGCGGGGAAAGGCGAGAGGAGCCGGAGGGUUGCCGGCCGGCGCAGGGGGAGCCCAGGAACUUGCAUCGCAGAAAAAAUUUGAUGAAAUCAAGAAGGCUAAUCAAGCUGCAGUUAAGAGGCUUGUUGAAAAUCAAUUUAGCUCCUCAUCCGAUGAUGAUGAUGAAGAAGAAGAAGAAAUUGAAGGGAAGCACGGACAAAUAUUGGCCAAAACGUUUACAAAAUAUACUAAUCAGAUUGAUGGAGAUGCAAGUGAGUUGGAGCGCACAAAGCAAUAUAUGAACGAUGCCUUUCAAUCUGGGGCACUGACGUGCCUGAUUUGCAUUGCUUCAAUUAAGAGAAAUCAAGCAGUCUGGAGUUGUUCUGGCUGCUUCUGCAUAUUUCAUAUGCCGUGCAUACAAAAGUGGGCGAAAGAUAGCCUUUUUUUAGUAUCUUCUCCUCUGACUAAUGAUGAUUUUGGAAAAAAGGAUUAUCCAUGGCCAUGCCAUCCGGUCACCUUCACUGGUUCUGUUCACCCUCAAGUCUGCUGCUUGCAGGUCUUCUUCUCUACUGCGAUGGGGGAAACGGCAGCGACAGAACUGAUGAAGGCGAGCAGUGGGCUAGAGUGGGAUAAAAGUGAUGAAGGUCCUUGUCCACCUUGUCCAAAGAUGGUAAUAAUAACUUGCUACUGCAAAAAGGGUAAACCAUUGCCACGGAGAUGCAGCAUGAAAGAGUGGUCGUGUCAACUUCCCUGUGGACGAAAAUUGCCCUGUGGGCAACACAACUGUGGAAAUCCUUGUCAUCCAGGAGAUUGCCAACCGUGUCCAAGAGUCAGUAAACAAAGUUGUGUCUGUGGUAAACAAAUAGCAGAAAGGCAGUGUGCAAGUCCUUUCUGGCAAUGUGAUGUGAUUUGUGGACGAACCUUGUCUUGUGGUUAUCAUGUCUGUGAACAAAUUUGUCAUGGCGGCUCCUGUGGUGAAUGUCCCAGAUCUGGGAAAAGGUCUUGUCCUUGUGGAAAAUCAAAAUUUUCUUUGCCGUGUACUGAAGAUGUGCCUACUUGUGGAGAUAGUUGUGACAAAGAUCUUGAAUGUGGGAUUCACAGAUGUUCACAACGCUGCCAUCGAGGUGCUUGCGAAAUUUGUAGACAGGAAGUUGAAAAGCAGUGUCGUUGUGGGAAGCAUAUGAAACAGAUGCCCUGCCAUAAGCCAUACCUCUGUGACACCAAGUGUACAAAAAUACGGGAUUGUCAAAAACACCAGUGCAAAAGAAAGUGUUGUCCUGCAAAUUGUCCACCAUGUGACCAAGUCUGUGCUCGAAUGUUAGGAUGUCGUAACCACAAGUGUCCUUCAGUCUGCCACAGAGGCAGCUGCUAUCCAUGCCCUGAAACUGUGGAUGUGAAGUGCAAUUGUGGUAAAACGGUUCUCAAAGUACCUUGUGGGAGAGAACGUACCACCAAAGCUCCCAGAUGCAAAGAAUUCUGCAAGCAGCCACCAACUUGCCAUCAUCCGAGUCGAGAGAAACACAGUUGCCAUUUUGGCCCUUGCCCUCCUUGCCACCAGACCUGCAAGAAAGUUUUAGAAAAAUGCGGUCACUUAUGCCCUGCUUCCUGCCACGAUGAAGCCCUUGUAAAGCAAACUGGCCUGCAUCAGCCCGCAGGACCGUGGGAAAAGUCCACCGCACCUGCUUUUAUUCAGACAGCAUUGCCUUGUCCUCCAUGCAACGUCCCUAUUCCAACGCAAUGCUUUGGAAAACACGAGAUAACCCCAUUGCCAUGCCAUAGUGCAGGGCCGUAUUCCUGCAAUAGAGUCUGUGGAAGGUGGCUUGAUUGUCAGAAUCAUACUUGCCUGAGAGAAUGCCACACGGUUUCUAAAACAGAUGCAAGCAAUGACAGGCAAAAGGCAGGUCCAGAAUGUUCUCAGUGUGAAGAAGGAUGUUCCAAGCCACGACCCCCUGGGUGUUCUCAUGCGUGCCCUCUGCCAUGCCAUCCUGGAGAAUGCCCGCCGUGUGCCCAAAUGAUCCGAAUAAAAUGUCACUGCAGACUGACAAGCCUGUACAUUGAAUGCAUAAAAAUCACUAAUGCUGAUGCAAAAGAAAAAGAAGAGCUGAGUUCAUGCAAAAACCAGUGCCCCAGAGAGCUGCCUUGUGGUCAUCGAUGUAAAGAGAUAUGUCAUCUAGGGGAGUGUUGUCAGAAUUGUAAUCAGAAGGUUAAGAUCCGUUGCCCUUGUAAGAGACUCAAAAAGGAACUCCUGUGCAAUGAAGUUCGCGAAGGUCAGUGUUUCUUAGAAUGCGAUGCGGUAUGCAAAGAAAUGAAACGGAAAGCUUCUGAGAUUAAGGAAGCAGAGGCUAGAGCUGCCGUCGAAGAGGAGAAACGAAGACAACAGGCAGAACUGGAGGCUUUUGAAAACAGACUGAAAGGACGUCGGAAGAAUAAGAGGAAAAAGGAUGAGAUUGAAGUUGAACAAACUUUAUGGCAAAAGUAUAAGAAUGUGGUUUUGCUGCCAGUCUGUGGAAUUAUAGUCUUAAUGGUUGCCUGGUUCCUAGCAUUCAAUAACUGAAGUCUUAAUUACUUCCGCAUGCUUCUGUGUAAAGAGUUGGUAAAAUGUUCUGUGUUCUAUAUUGAGAAUUAAUGGUCAUUGGUAUUUUUCAGUAAUUUCACUGUUUAUUGAUAAAGCAAAACCUAUUUUGGUUUUUACCUCAAAAUCACUUUAAAAUACCUUGUGAUGAUCGUAUCAUACUCAGUCCUAGGCAGUUAGGCUCUUUAAAACAUUUGCGUAAGAUUAAUCACGUAUUGCUUCUCUGACAUUAUUUUGCUUCAGGUUAUCUGUGAGGGUUGCCAGUGCUUAGUUAUUUCAAAGAGUGUUCAUGAGCAUGACCCCUUGGUGAUUUAAAUUUUAUAUAUUAAAGUUGGGUUAGUACACUUGCAAAGUCCUAGAGAUGUGUGGUUUAGCAACUAGCUAAAUGAAAUUUCAGAAUUUUAUUUUCCAUUUAGUUAAUUAAUAUAGGUCCUUAAAGGAAAACGUGAAGCUGUAUAGCAAUUCUAAUUAUACUUUGUCAGAUGUUGUUUAUUUUGAAAACCUACUUUAAGCAUUCUGUGCUCUUAAGAUCCAUUUUUGCUAAUUGUAUAAUCAAAUAGCAGCUCUUUCCAUAUUAGACACUUUUCUACUGUGAUUUCCAAAAUAAUCUAUGUUCAUGGCUUCUUCUUUAGAUUUAUCUGUCUUCAGCUGAAAGACUUCCAAACCAUAGUAUUUAAAGGUAAUAACUCUGCCCCCAAGAAAAACUGUUUUCAUAAUGAAAAUGUAGUUUAAAUAAAUUAUUAUCUCUGUCUGUUUUGUGUAUAAAGUGGCACUCAUUUUACCAAUAUAUGCAUGCUCGCACAUA